AUGGCUGACUUAAUUACCUCAGACCCUGUCUCUUGGACUUGCGCUUUGUGGAUGGCCUCCUCCGAGGUGGACCAGAAGGCCCUAGGCAAUUUCGCGGCCGUCAUGGGCCUAGAGAACCCGCUCCUCUCAACAAUGCUGUACAAAGUCCUCGGCGUAUCAGUAAUGUUAUCAAAAAAGCUUAUCCGAGCACGCAAGCUGCGACGCCUAGACACAACGCGCGAAACAAGAUCCCUGCAGCUCUACCACCACAUAAUAUGGCUCUCACGCGAAGGCCUCUUAAUCCUGGAGGGCUACAUCCUCCCACUGGUUGACCGCUCCGUGGAGCUAAAAGUGCUCGCGUACAAACUGCGCGCCUCCUUCUAUCAUAUUUUCGUGCUCUUCCACAACCGACCAGCCUGCCCACCCUCCAGCUCCCCUCCGCCGCGCUUCAAAAAUGACUCCAUCUACGGCGCAGACUCCCUCUCUCUCGACGCCCGCAAAAGACCCCCCGGCCUGCCCCUCCAACCAGUCAAGCAGCAGCCUUCCUUCCUCCUCCCCCCAUUAGAUUACACAGCAACAGCAACAGCAUGCUUCAAUCACGCCGCAGUGCUAGCCGAUAAACUCCUCCCAGGCUCGCACCCGCUCCGCCUCUCCGUCAAGCUCGAGUACGCUGCCUACCUAUACGAUUGCCUCAACGACCCCGUCGCCUGCCGCCGCCUUGCAAAACAGGCCAUCGCAGACGUCUACAAUGCCCAAGAAGGCAUGGACGACGAGAGCUUCACCGAUGCAGCCGAGAUCGUUGGCGUUCUCGGGAAAAUGGUCAAGCGCGGCAAACCCGGGAGUACCGCUACAGCGAGUAGCGUGUCGCGCUCGCGUAGCAGUCGCAGCCCCAGCCAUCUUGAUGCCAGUGUUCCCACGACUGUGUCGCCUGUCCCGGUUCCGGGGACGAAGACUAGAUCCAGGUCUGCUGAGGAUGGGAGGGAAGCUGCUGUGCCUGAUGCUUCUAUGAUGAAUCCAAUUUGA